CUACAAGAGCUGUCCACUAUUCUUAAACUAGCUCUACCAUAAGUAGAAUUCUACUUGUCUUAAAAGCCAACAUCUUCAAAAUAAUCUUUAAGCUAGAGCUUUUUCAUAAGUUAAUAACCCUCAUUCUAACUAGAAUCUCUUUGACUCUAUCCAAGUAUCAACCGCGAAUGCGAUAAGAAAGUGAAAAAAUGGAAGCUGUUAAGCUAGUAUCAAGCGAUCCGACCGAAACAAGAGAUGCUUACCGAGUUGCGUACAUAAUCCAUUUCUUGCUCGGCGCAGGAAACUUACUUCCUUGGAAUGCAUUUAUCACAGCAGUUGAUUACUUUGCCUACUUAUAUCCAACUAAACACAUUGAAAAGGUUUUCUCUGUGGCUUAUAUGGUUUCAUCUGUACUUGUACUUCUUGUGAUGAUAAGUUGGGGAGGUUGGAGUAAAACAACACUGAGGUUAAGAAUGAACUUAGGAUUUUCUAUGUUUGUUAUGUCUCUUAUGGUAGCUCCUGUCAUUGAUUGGGCCUCGAGUAGCGCGGAGCUGAAAGAGAGGCCGAGUGGUGCUUAUGGUAUGACAGUUGCAGCUGUUAUAAUAUGUGGUUUAGCAGAUGGAAUUGUUGGUGGAAGUUUGAUAGGAUCAGCAGGAAAGCUUCCAAAACAGUAUAUGCAAGCUGUUUUUGCUGGAACUGCUUCUUCAGGUAUUAUAAUUUCAAUGUUGAGGAUAAUAACAAAGGCAUCACUACCUCAAACCCCAAAGGGUCUAAAAAUAAGUGCUCACUUGUACUUCAUGGUAGCCAUAGCUUUCCUCUUAUGUUGCAUUAUCUUUAGCAACUUGCAGCACAAGUUACCUGUCAUGCAGCAGUAUCAGCAGAGUCUACUUCAGGACCAUGCCUUAUGCUCAAAGACAAAAUUUCUUGCAGUGGCAGGGAAAAUUAAGGGACCGGCUUUCGGAAUUUUCAUAAUCUAUAUAGUAACUUUGUCUAUUUUUCCAGGAUUUAUAGCAGAAGAUCUUCAUUCCGAAGUUCUUAAGGAUUGGUAUCCUAUUAUAUUGAUCACAGUUUAUAAUUUAGCUGAUCUUAUGGGAAAAUCAUUAACAGCUUUCUAUGUUCCACAAUGUAUCAAAAGGGCUAUUUGUGCUGCCACAGCAAGACUAUUAUUCUAUCCACUUUUUAUAGUUUGUCUUCAUGGACCCAAUUGGUUGAAAACAGAAGUGCCAAUGAUUGUUCUAACAUUUCUACUAGGAUUUACCAAUGGAUACCUUACAAGUGUUCUUAUGAUUCUAGCUCCUAAGUCGGUGCCUUACUCGGAAUCGGAGUUAUCUGCUAUAGUGAUGACCGCGUUCCUUGGAUUCGGCCUUGUUGGUGGUUCAGUUCUUGGUUGGUUUUGGAUAUUGUGAAGGUUUGUUUAGUUCAGAUGUAAUAAAAAUAAGCAGAAGAAAGUAACAUUCAUUGUAGCUUAAUUUCCCUAUGUAGAUUGUUUCAAUAUUAGUUCUCUAAUGUUUGUAAAAUGUAAUGUAAUGAAUCCAUAAACUGGGAAUAAAUUUAAGAUCUGUGUCAAUAGAAA